UCGGCCGUCGGAGUCAUCGAUCCGAUUCCAAUUUCCACCUGCCGCAGAAGACAAUCGCUCUGUUGCUCCUCGCAGGAGGCUCUUUCCCAAUGUUCUUCCCUUAAUUCCGGAGCUAUGGAAUCUCUGUUCGAAGCUUACUCAAAUGCUUCUGAAGACGACGAAGAUGAACCUCAGCCCAAGCGCCUGGCUCUCCCCUCUUCGCCUUCAAAGAGGCCCAAACCCGAACGUUCCAAAUUCCCGCCGAAGUUCCAGCCAUCGCCUUCCCCGGACUUCAAUUCAGAGCCUCAGAAGGGGAUUAUGGUUCCUGGACGCUACGUUUCCAAGCGAGAGCGAGCACUCUUGGGUGCAGCUCCUGUUUCUACGGCUCCGGACUCGUUCCUGAAUCCAUCGGUUCUAUCUUCAACUGUUGGAAAUCUUUCGGAUUCUGAUCUUCCACGGGAUAUCUUGUCAUUAUUGAGAAGUAGAGCUAAAGACUGUUUGCAGCAAGGCAUGAUGCCUGAAAGGAUGUCUGUAACUCUUGAUUGCCAUACAAAAGCUGUCAAUGCGCUUCAAUGGUCGCCAAGUAAUGCUCAUCUCCUUGCUUCUGCUGCUAUGGAUCACACAAUCUGCGUAUGGAAUGUAUGGAACACAGAGCAGAAGCUAGCAUUCAAGUCAAACAUUCACAAUGCUGCAGUUAAAAAUGUUCAAUGGUCACAAGAAGGAUUGUCCAUUCUUUCUUGUGGAUAUGAUCGUGCUUCAAGAUUGAUUGAUGUUGAGAAGGGGACAGAAGUUGGAACAUUUAAAGAGGAUCAAGGUGUUGCAGUUGUGAAGUUCCAUCCUAACAACCCAAAUCUCUUCCUUUCCGGUGGACUAAAAGGCAGCCUCCGAAUGUGGGACACGAGAAUUGGAAAAGUGGUUAACAAAUACAACCGGCGUCUUGGUCCAAUCCUUGAUGUCGAAUUCACCCCCCAUAGCAACCAAUUCAUCUCUUCUAGUGAUGUUUCUGCAAGCAAUAGCAGUGAGAGUUCUAUAAUUGUUUGGGACAUCACCAGAGAAGUUCCGCUUUCAUAUCAGGUUUAUAUGGAAGCCUACACUUGCCCAUGCGUGAGAUGCCACCCUUUUGAUCCAGUUUUUAUCGCCCAAUCCAACGGAGAUUAUGUUGCAAUCUUCUCACUAAACCCUCCUUUCAAGCUAGACAAAUACAAGAGGUAUGAAAGUCAUGGAGUCUCAGGCUUUCCAAUAAAAUGUAACUUCAGCCUGGAUACCAAGCAGAUCAUAUCUGGUUCUUCAGAUGGUUCUGUAUAUUUUUACGAUUAUAAAUCAUCCUUGCUUGUACGUAAACAAAAAGCAUUUGAGCAUGCUUGCAUAGACGUUGCUAUCCACCCGAUCUUGCCUAAUGUAAUCGCUUCGUGCAGUUGGAAUGGAAAUAUUGCAGUGUUCCAGUGACUGUUCUGAUUUUA